CCGGAGCGUGGCGGCCGGGGAGACCAGGACGGCGCGCGGGCGGCGGAGCAGGGAGUGAGGCCGGGCGGACGCGCAUACGGGCAGCGACCCCGGCUCGCGUCUGCGCCCUUCUCUGGCCCACGACCCCGCACCCAACCAUGGUGGGUCGGCUGAGCCUACAAGAUGUGCCAGAGCUCGUGGACACCAAGAAGAAAGGCGACGGCGUCCUCGACAGCCCGGACUCGGGGCUGCCCCCCAGCCCCAGUCCCAGCCACUGGGGGCUCGCGGCGUCUGGGGGCGGCGGCGGAGAGCGCACGUCGGUCCCAGGGGCGUUGGAGCCCGACCCAGCGACGACCCCCGCGGCCCCGAAUCCGGCAUCUGUCCCCAGCACCCUGGCCACCGGCUGCUCUCCAAGGCUCUGCCCAUUGUCCUUCGGCGAAGGAGUGGAGUUUGAUCCCUUACCACCAAAGGAAGUAAGGUACACGUCCUCGGUCAAGUAUGACUCAGAGAGGCACUUCAUCGAUGAUGUGCAGCUGCCCCUGGGCCUGGCCGUGGCCUCCUGCAGCCAGACGGUCACUUGUGUCCCCAACUGCACAUGGCGCAACUACAAGGCCGAGGUGCGCUUCGAGCCCCGCCACAAACCCACCCGCUUCCUCAGCACCACCAUCAUCUACCCCAAAUACCCCAAGACCGUCUAUACCACCACCCUGGAUUACAACUGCCACAAGAAGCUGAGACGCUUUCUGUCCAGCGUGGAGCUCGAGGCUGCUGAGUUCCUGGGCAGCGACUGCCUCUCGGAUGAAUGCUGACUUGGAUGAACGCAGGCCGUGUGGACCGCCCGGCUGGGCCUGGGGCCUGGGGACUCGCCACCCUGGUGGGAAUCUGACCCUGAGAUACCUCCAAGCACAGCCUGAGGAAGAGGAAGAAAAAAACCGCUGCCUGGCCCAAGGACCUAGGCGCGCGGUUUGUGGUCCUGAGUUUUCUGACUUUUUUU